AUGGCAGACUACCUACGAGAGAAGGUUCUGGAAUCGCUUGGGAUCUCCUUUCGUGAGACGCAGAACUGCCGGCGCUGGAUUACAGAAGUGACAAACAUGAUAUGGGAAGCUCAACCAGCGGAGCUGCGUACUGCCCUGUGCUGGACCACACCGCUUGGCCUCGUUGUGCGUCAGCCGUACAAAGUGCGGAAGGAAAUUACACUCUUCACACCACAUGGUUGUUCGCGUAUCCCCGGUGACGCCUUCUCCGCGGCGAGCCGAAAGCAACUAACAGCCAUUGCCCCAAAUUUGAUUCACUCACUUGACGCGACCCAUCUUGCCAUGACGGCGAUUGAGAUGCAAAAUCUUGGUCUCUCCAUGAUGGCCGUACACGACAGCUACUGGACGUACGCCUGCGACCUCCCCGUGCUAAGCAAAGUCUUGCGCCAGCAGUUUGUGACGCUCUACAGCAAGUAUGACCCGCUGUGGGAACUGAAGGAGCAGUGGGAGGAAGCGUACUUUAUGGAUCUCAGAAGGCACGGCACGCUCCUGCCAGACCCACCGAAGCGUGGAGAUCUUGACUUGAGUGUUGUGCUUGACUCGCCGUACUUCUUCUCGUAA